CCUUCACCUCUCCAUCCAAAUGCUUCCUCGCUGUCUGCCGGGUCUGAUUCCCCGUCGUCUGUUCUCUGUUUCGACUAGGAUGGCUUCUAUGACUCCGUUGGAGGAUGCCAUGCGCGACAAGAUCGCCCAUGCUUUCACACCCUCUACCCUGAUUAUCCGCAAUGAUUCCCACAAACAUGCGCACCAUGCUGCCAUGGAGGGAUCGACGUCGAAGGAGACGCAUUUCCAGUUCGUCCCAUGCCGGUGUCCAUACCGUGUCCCCGCAUACCUUGGAGUCGGACUGACACCUAUUUCUAUUCCCAGUGUGACUAUCGUUUCGGAUGCCUUCGAAUCGAAAAUGCAGCCUGCUAGGCAUCGGAUGGUCUACGCGUUAUUCAAGGAGGAGAUGGCUCGUGAGGGCGGACUUCAUGCGCUGCAGCUGAAGACGAAGACACCGGCUGAGGAACAGCGCGAGAAGGAGAAGGAGAAGGCAUAAACAGAUACGGUUGGCGUUCGAGUGAUCUAUUACAGUCAGAUACCCCUCGAAUGCAUUGCAUUGGGCUUUGGUUCACGAUACGCUUG